AUGGCACAUUCUGUGUCAGAAUAUUAUUCGACAAACUAUUCCCAAUGUGUGUCUGAUGACAGUUUUUUGAGUUCCUGGAAAGGAUUAGUAGUCGUGUGUUUUUCGAUUCAGUUAGUGUCCAUUCCGUGUCAUUUUCUAACAUUCUAUCUUAUUUUCACAAAAACUCCAUCUUCUAUGAAAUUUAUCAAGUUUCCAUUAUUGUUGUCACAUUUUUGGAGUAUGAUGCUUGAUUUCUGGUUUGGAAUCCUAUCGACACCAUAUAUUUUCUUCCCAAAUCUAGUCCUUUUCGGGUGCGGAGUGUUGAACUUUUUUCGAUUUCCGAUUUUAAUAUCAUUUAUACUCGGCAUAAACACUCUUAUUUUUAUGAAUCUAUCACUUAUCUAUCUUUAUGAAAGUCGGAGUAGUCUAAUUGUAAAAAAUAAGUUUAAAAUAACUAGCUCGAUGACACGGGCGCUGUAUUAUUCAUUAAACUACAUGUCAUAUUUUCCCACUCUAUAUUUUAUUUCUAAAAUACCAAUGGAUCAGGAGAGUGCAAAACUGGAUGUUCUCAAAUCAAUGCCGUGCCCUACUCAAGAAUUUUUCACGCAAGAAGUUUAUGUGUUGAUUUCGGACCCAUUUUUAGCUAUGCUCAUCGAUAUAGCUGUAAAUUCCACAUAUAUGAUUAUAACCUCAUUUCAAAUAGUUUUUCACGGAUGCUGCUCGCUGUACUAUUUGUACAUUGAACCUUCAUAUGCUGCAUCGACACGUACACGAAGUCUUCAGCGGUCUUUCUUUAUAGGAAUAACUGCGCAGACUUGUGUUCCGUUUAUUGUUAUUGUUACAACCUACAUUAUUAUUAUUUUGACAUUUUUAUUUGGAAACCUUUCGCAAGGCCUUUUCAAUGUUUGUAUUUCCAUUAUUGGAUCUCAUGGAUUCGUGGGAAGUAUAGUGAUUAUUUUGAUACACGGGAACUAUCGAAAAGCCGUUUGGCAGAGUUUGACGAAGCAAGAAGUUCGUUCCGACAUCGCAAAUUGCAAGGUUCCUAACACAGUCAACAGAGUGCUCUGAAAUCAGUUCGAGUUUUUUUCGGUUAACUUUUCAUAUUGAUUAUUCAUUUUCAGAAAAUAAAAUUUUAUUAAAGAUUUAUAA